AGCUGUCCUGUUCAAGAAAGGAUGAGCAUUCAGUCUGUGUAUUGCAGGUGGCUGCAUAACUCUGCUGAAGUCUGUGCUGAUUGGACUUGCGAAUUCUUUUCUAGUACUUCGCUUGAGUCAUACUGAAGUGUUCCUGUUUGACCUUCUUAUGAAGAAGUUGUUUUCAAGCAACCUAUUUGUGCCUGUGGCAAAACCGUGAGGCACCUCUACUUCUUCUUGAGUAUGCCAACUUUCAAUGCCCCUGAAUAGCAUAAACCCCACUUAAGGAACUGCAGUGUCUAGUUGGCAUUUACUGUGUUGACUUGAGAAUAGUUCGGGAGGGGGAGAAGAUAGGAGAAUUCCUAUUUCUUAGAUAAUGUUACAAUGCUAGUAGACACAGCUUUGUUGGGAAAAUUGUUUUCCAUUACUUUAUAUCGCUUUGGGAAGCACUGUAACUUCAGCCAGCUGGAGAGCUGCUAACAAGUAUGGGGUGUAUGUGUGUGAAGAGCUACUGGCAGAGUCCUAGGGGCUGAAGCUCCAGGGGACAGACUCCAGCAAAAUCAAGUUGGAAGUCGUAGUGGUUUGGAUCCUAAAUUAGGUAAGAAGAUAUCUCAAGGGACUUGCUGUAGCAGAAGUGCUAAGUCAUGGCCUGGACCAGUGUUUGAGCACCUAGUGGGAAGACAGGGCCAACCCAGGGGAGCUCAGGUGCAUGCAGUGCAUCUGAAUGACAGAAGGGGUGGAACCAGGAUCCACCCCUUCCCAGACCUCAUUUAAGGGUCGUCAGUGGAGGUGAGGGGAUCUCACUGGAGAUCAUUGUGCAUCUGAGGCCUUCUGAAGGUCUUGUCCAGAAGGCCAAGAGAGCAAAGAAGAAAUUCCUGAAACGAGAAGGAGAUGACAGAACUGAUUCUGGAUCUCAGGAGCGAUAUGAGUCAUUCAGCUAUGGUGGAGUAGAUCCAUACAUGUGGGAGCCCCAAGAAAUAGGUGCUAUGAGAAGCCAUCUUUCCAAUUUCAAGAAAUACCGAGCAGCCAGGAUCGAUCACUAUGUAGUUGAAGUCAAUAAGUUGUUAAUCAGGUUAGAAAAGCUUACAUCCUUUGACAGAGCAAGCACCGAGUCUGCUAAAAUAAGAGCUAUAGAGAAGUCUGUUGUGCCUUGGGUCAAUGACCAGGAUGUUCCAUUCUGCCCAGACUGUGGCAAUAAGUUCAGUAUGCGAAACAGACGUCACCACUGCCGGCUUUGCGGUUCUAUUAUGUGCAAGAAGUGCAUGGAACUUAUCAGUCUUCCAUUGGCAAGCAAACUGACCAGUGCCAGUAAAGAGGCCUUGAGUUCUCAUACCAGCCCGAAUGCCUCACCUAAUAGUGUCCAUGGCUCUCGCCGAGGCAGCAUUAGCAGUAUAAGCAGUGUGAGCUCCGUUCUGGAUGAGAAGGAUGAUGAUCAAAUCCGCUGUUGUCAGCACUGCAAAGAUACUCUGCUGAAAAGAGAACAACAGAUUGAUGAGAAAGAAUACACUCCAGAGAUUGUGAAACUCUAUGAGAAACUCCGACUUUGCAUGGAGAAGGUUGACCAGAAGGCACCAGAAUAUAUAAGGAUGGCAGAAUCUCUGAAUGCUGGGGAGACAACCUACAGUCUUGAACAUGCUAAUGACUUGAGGGUGGAGAUUCAAAAAGUAUACGAAUUUAUUGAUGCCCUAAGUAAGAAGAUCCUGAGCCUAGGCUUGCACGAAGAACCCCAGCCUCACCCUAAAACACUACAGCUUCAGAGAAUGAUAAGAUACUCAGCUACACUUUUUGUUCAGGAAAAACUGUUUGGCCUAAUGUCCCUGCCAACCAAAGAUCAGUAUGAAGAACUGAAGAAGAGAAGACUGCAUACGGCAGCUCUUGAAACACACAGAAAACAAGAGGAAACGCAGAAAGACUUGACUUACAGAUCUGCAGGUGCAGUUAAUGGUGACGCAACUCUCCUUAAAAAAGGAACAGUCAGGAAAUCAGAAGGCUGGCUACCUACGUCUAGCAUAUCUCGACAGAGUGAGGUAGCAGACCCACUUCUUCAGCAAAUUGACAACAUCACAUCCUUUAUUAAGCAAGCAAAGGCAGCUAAUCGGCUGGAUGAGGUCCGUAUGUUGCAGGAGAACCUGAGGCAACUUCAGGAUGAAUAUGAUCAACAACAAACUCUGAAAGCUAUUGAACUUUCUAAAAAACAGGCAGAAGAGGAAGAGAAGCAGAGGGAGGAACUUCAGUUCCUUUGUGAAAAAGAGUGGGAAAGAGAACACCACAAAUUCAUGUCUCAGCAUUCAAGGACAGGCUCCUUAGAUUUCAGAGAAGUCAAGCAGCAUCAGUAUGAAGCUGCAAAAGAGAAUCGGAACUUGUUAGCACAUGGAUUGGAUUUGGAUAUUACUCAAGUGAAAGGGAACCCAAGUUCUGAAACUACUGCUGUUCAGCAGCUGCCAGCUAAAGAAUCCUUAAUCUUUCCAGUCAGACACCGGAAUACCCCAUGGUGUGACAAAGACCAAAAUCAGGCAACCUGUCUAAACCCCUUCGAAGAUGAAGCAGAUAGCCCUCUGUCAGAGGAAGAUCCCACUAACCCAUUUGCCAAAGAAGUUUCUCAACCGAUUUCUUUCUCAAACACAGCUCUGCAAAGUGAUAAAAGAGAAUAUAAUCCAUUUGAAAAUGAGGAGGAAGGUGAACAAACUAAUGGAGCAUCUGUCAGUACUUCAAAUCCUUUUGAAGAGGAUGAAAAUCCAUUUCAAAAGUCUGGGAGCAAUAGGAAUUCUGGAAAUCCAUUUGAAGAAGCAUCUUCUACCAAUCCCUUUGAAGUGGAGGAUGUCAGUGAGAUCUUAAGAGAGGAGGCUAUAGAGGAGGAACUGCUUCUCCAACAGAUUGAUAAUAUCAAAGCCUAUAUAUUUGAUGCCAAGCAUAGUGGACGAAUGGAUGAGGUGGAACUACUGACAGAGAACUUAAAGGAACUGAAGUACACAUUAGCAAAACAAAAGGAGAAAUCCAACUGUUGAAGCAGCAGUCAUACCAUGUAAUAGUUAUCUCAAGUCCACUGAUAAGAGUUGGGAAGAUGGAGCAGUUAUAAACAGCAAUACAGAUUACAAGAAGGAACUGGGAGAAUGUUGUAUUUUAUACACUUUUAUGUAUUCCCAAUACUACUCAGCCUUGAAGAAAGAAGAUAGAGGAAUGCUGCUAGUCUUGAACACUUAUACUAAGAAAAUUUACAGUAACUUGUUACAACCAUCUUAAUGCUAACUUGUUUUAUUGUGCCCUUAUUUAGGUCAAAGGGGUUAAGUGGUAAUAGGGAACUGUCACUUUGAAAUGGUUUCGGGGUUGGUUUAUCAUCUUUCCUCCUUGUUUCCACUGUGUUAUUGUAGCAGCUGAGUUACUAGCUUUUCAAGUGGAGCUUUGACUGGAGAGACAAAAAUGUUUCUAAAAUUUCUGCAUCUUCUGAUAAGGGCAGAGUGUAAGUUACAGGCUAGUCUCAUUGUCCUAAGAGAGUUACAAGAAAGUGCUGUUGAAAGGCUGCUGUGAUUCGUUGGGAUUCAGAAUAUACAGGCUACAGGUCAAUUUUGUGCAAUAAUACAUAAAAUGGAUUUUAAAACUAUCAAGAGAUUUCACUGAUCUUAAUAUGAGUAAUUUUUAAAAUGUGUUUGUAGGAAUUCCUAGGUAAAAUGGAGGUGCUACCUUGUCAUUACUUUUAGUUUCCCAGUUCCUCUAGACACAAACUGCAGUGUAACAGAAAGCCACGCUGGCUUCAGAGCUACUUGUGUGCAAUGAAUAUGUAGAUACUCAUUUCCAGGGAGAACAUCAGGCUAGCACCAAUUUGAACUACAGUAUUAAGGGUGACCUUGAAAUUCCUAAUUAUAUUCUGGAACGUGCACAUUCCUUUAUGGGUGACAAUGAUCAUAUUUCUCUUAUCUGAGACUUGAAUCCUCUUUGUAGCAUUUAAAGAACAGAAAUCCUGAUUAUAGUGGAGAGCUGAAGUGCCACUGAACUGGAAUUCUGUGAAAGCUGGGCUGUGAUUGCGCCAAAUAUAAGUUCCUAUUUUAUAGUUGAUUCUUAUCAGAAGUUACAAGAAUCAGGCAUGUGUGUCUUAAGUAAGCAGGUCCAGAUGGGAGUUUUGCUGUGGGCCUCUGCCUGUGGCAGUGACAAGGUGAAGGCCAGCCCCUGCAGUGCAGGAGGGCUUCUGAAGAUUGGUAUUGUAAAACUUAGGAUCAUUCAAUGUUAAGUUAGCAAAUAUUUUGCAAAAGACAGUCUGAGCUGCUUCCCCCCCUCGCCUUUGAAAGGCAGAGGCCCACCUUCAGACAUCUGUGUUUGAAAAGGUUAGUCAAAAAGGGUGUAUUUAAAUAAAGCUGAAAUGGAGGCUAUUGGGCAGAUCAUACUCUCUUGCACUAAUACUAGUGGGCUUACUGAGAAGUACAAAGUUUUGUGGAGUGGGACAUCUCUUAACUGUGUCUCCAAUAACAUAUGAAUAGCAUAGCUAUAACUGAGGCAUUACUUAGUAUUUCAGAAGCACAAACAAUCAUGCUACCUAAACAGAUGGAACUGUUUUCUUUUAAAUAUGUUGGAGGGAUCUACUUCUAUUUAAGACAAACGAAGCCAACAAAUUUGUACCCUCGGUAACACUAAUAACUGAUCAGAUUAACUCAGUGCAGCAAUUUCAGGGCAGUUGUUCUUACUGCAGCCUAAAUCUGAGGUUGAAAGGUGUGCAGAAUGGGUUGUCUUUAGAGCUUGAGUUUUCUGUACUAGUAUGUUUUGUUAUUGUUGAGUGAAUCUCUAAGCGUUACUGUGCAUGGAGUGGACCAAGCAUCUGCGCAACAGAAUUCUGAAAGGUUGUAAACUAACUAAAACUUUGUGGCACCAGAUUUACAAAGGCAGCAAAAAUUAGACAUGGCUGAAGUUUAUCCCAAGAAUUGUUCAUUUUAAAAUAAAUAGUAGAAGUCCAUUAUUUAAGGCAGACUGGUUUGCUAGUCAAGGAGAUUGCUCCCUGUGUUGUAACCCAAAGCUGCUUUUGGUAUCGAGAUGAAAAGAAAAUUUCAGUGGCUUCAGCUUUUGCAUUUAAAAAGUGUGUUUUCCUUGUAAGUAUCCUGCUUUAUUUCUAUGUUAAGUCUAAUACACUAAUAAAGUAUCCUUAUGUACGUAAAACAAUGUACUUUUACAAGUAACAGACUAGCAUACCUCAUGAUCAUUAAUAGUGUUAAAGGUGGCAGAUCAGCCCUCUGAUACUGAAGUUUUCUCCAAUGUGAAGACUGUACGCUGGUAUUUGGACGGCUGCGGGACUCUCAAGGCACAACAAAAUGAAGACAUCUUAACAAUAAAACUAGUAAGUAAUUAGCACUGACAUGUUAAAACUGCAUGCACUACUCUGUAUGGAAACUUUGUAAACAAGGGAUGAAAUAAAAUAACAUCUAUUUUGUGCUGUAUAUGCCCUUCAUAAUUCAAGCAUCCCUUAAAAACUGGUGUGAAAUGUAUUCAACCAUUAGCUCAGAAAUGCUGAUAACUAUUUCUACGGUAAUUUGCACAUAUAAGCCUGACUUAAUGGUAUAUGCAAUUAAAUAAUUAAAAGCAA